AUGGACGGUCUUGUUGCAGCAAACACCAAAUUUUGCUUUGAUCUUUUCCACAAGCUAAGCAGAGAUGAUUAUUGUAAAAAUAUCUUUUUCUGUCCUCUGAGUCUCUCGGCUGCCCUUGGUAUGCUCCGUCUGGGAGCUAGAAAUGACAGCGCACAUCAGAUCGACGAAGUACUACACUUCAGUGAAAUUUCUCAGAAUGAAAGCAAAGAACCUGACUCCUGUCUGAAAAACAAUAAGCAAGAAGAGAUGGCUGACAGCUCUCUGGAAGGGCAGAAGAAAACAACAGAAUCUCUGAGUCAGCAGGCCGAGUCUUCAAAUGAUGAGAGUGCACUGCUUGGCUGCUACUUCGGAAAGCUUCUCUGCAAAUUAGACAGCAUCAAAACUGAUUGCACCCUGAGCAUUGCCAAUAGGCUUUAUGGAGAGCAGGAAUUCCCCAUCUGUCAGGAGUAUACAGAUGGUGUGAUUCAGUUUUAUCACACAACCAUUGAAAGUGUCGAUUUCCGGAAACACACUGAAAAGUCCAGACAAGAGAUUAACUAUUGGGUUGAAUCUCAGUCUCAAGGCAAAAUCAAGGAACUCUUCAGCAAGGACACUAUUAAUGAUGCGACUGUGCUGGUGCUGGUGAAUGCUGUUUACUUUAAGGCCAAAUGGGAAAAAUAUUUUGACUGUGAAAACACAGUUGAUGCACUUUUCUCUCUAAAUGAGAAUGAAAAGAAGAAUGUGAAGAUGAUGACUCAAAAAGGUCAGUAUAGAAUUGGCUUCAUAGAGGAGCUGAAGGCACAGAUCCUUGAGAUGAGAUAUACUAAGGGGGAGCUCAGCAUGUUCAUCCUGCUGCCGUCUUGCUCGCAAGAUAACCUGAAGGGUCUGGAAGAGCUUGGAAGGAAAGUCACCUAUGAAAAACUAGUGGCCUGGAGCAGCUCAGAAAACAUGUCUGAGAAAAUGGUAGCUGUGUCCUUCCCCCAGUUCACCUUGGAAGACAGCUACGAUCUCAAUUCUAUUCUACAAGACAUGGGCAUCACGGAUAUCUUUGAUGAAACGAGGGCUGAUCUUACUGGAAUCUCUCCAACUCCCAAUUUGUAUUUAUCAAAAAUCAUCCACAAGACCUUCGUGGAGGUGGAUGAAAAUGGUGCAGAGGCAGCGGCAGCCAGUGGGGUUGUCGGCAUGACAAAGUCAAUGCCAUCAUUGGUGGAGUUUAAUGCCAACCACCCUUUUCUCUUUUUCAUCAGACACAACAAAACCCAAACCAUUCUCUUCUAUGGAAGGGUCUGCUCUCCUUGA